AUGGCGCUUCCCAUCUUUAUCCUCCGGCUGGCCGUCUGCAUCCUGGCAUUUCCCGUGUACCUGCUGAACUUUCUGGGCGUGUGGAAUUGGAUGUGCAGAAUUUGGCUCCCCUACUUCUUUUCGUGGUUCACCGUGGAGUACAAUGAACAGAUGGCGAGCCAGAAGCGGGAGCUCUUCAGCAACCUGCAGGAGUUUGUGGGCCCCUCGGGAAAGCUCUCCCUGCUGGAGCUGGGCUGUGGCACGGGGGCCAACUUCAAGUUCUACCCGCCUGGGUGCAGGGUGACCUGUAUUGACCCCAACCCCAACUUUGAGAAGUUCUUGAUCAAGAGCAUUGCCGAGAACCGACACGUGCAGUUCGAGCGCUUGGUGGUGGGUGUCGGGGAGGACAUGCACCAGGUGGCCGAUGGCUCCAUGGAUGUGGUGGUCUGCACCCUGGUCCUGUGCUCCGUGAAGAACCAGGAGCGGACCCUCCAGGAAGUGUGCAGAGUGCUGAGGCCGGGCGGGGCUUUUUAUUUCAUGGAGCACGUAGCAGCUGAGCGUUCAACCUGGAAUUACUUCUGGCAGCAGGUCCUGGAUCCUGUCUGGUACCUUCUGUUUGACGGGUGCAACCUCACCAGAGAGAGCUGGAAGGCCCUGGAGACGGCCAGCUUCUCCAAGCUGAAGCUGCAGCACUUACAGGCGCCGCUGUCCUGGGAGCUGCUGCGCCCUCACAUCUACGGAUAUGCUGUGAAAUAGCGCACACACAGUAGGGAGCUGAAUGGCUCAAAUAAAU